GACACCACUUGCAGCCUCUCCACCCUCAAGAUCCCUCCCCCAUCGCUGUUCACCAACCUGACCCCCGACUGUAAACCGGUGGCAACUAAAAGCAGGAGGUACAGUGCGGGGGACAGGGCUUUCAUUCAGUCGGAGGUGCAGCGGCUUCUCAGGGAGGGGAUCAUUGAGCCAAGCACAAGCCCUUGGAGGGCCUUGGUGGUCGUUGUUCGGACCGGGCAGACAAAUAGGAUGGUCGUGGACUAUAGUCAAACCAUCAAUAGGUUCACGCAGCUUGGCGCGUACCCCCUACCCCGCAUCGCGAAUAUUGUCAACCAGAUAGCUCAGUAGAAGGUGUACUCGACAAUAGAUCUGAAAUCCGCUUAUCACCAGCUCCCCAUCCACCCAGAGGACCGCCCCUACACCGCCUUUGAGGCGGGCGGCAGGCACUAUCACUUCCUGCGUAUCCCAUUUGGUGUCACGAAUGGUGUCUCUGUCUUCCAGAGGGAGAUGGACCGGAUGGUGGACCAGUACCAACUGAAGGCCUCAUUUCCAUAUCUGGAUAACAUCACCAUCUGUGGUCACGACUGGCCGGAUCACAACACCAACCUCCAUCGAUUUUUCCAAGUGGCCAAAGCCCUGAACCUUACUUAUAACAGGGACAAGUGUGUGUUCGGAACCACCCGACUCGCUAUCCUUGGGAAGUCUGCCGCUGGGACCACCCUACCGGCUUGGCUGACAUCCCCAGGGCCAGUGCUGCUCCGGAAGCAUACGAGGAGCAAUAAAUACUCCCUGCUGGUCGAGAGGGUUCACCUUCUACAUGCGAACCCCCAGUAUGCCUACGUGGUCUUACCUGAUGGGCGGGAGGACACGGUCUCCGUCCGCGACCUGGUGCCCGCAGGAGCAGCAGACCACUACCCCGAACACUCUAUGGUAACUAUGAACCCCGUACCCACCGAGGUGUAUACCCACCUGACACUGCGCACACCAAGCCCUACACAGACUCCUCGCGACACUCCCAUACCGGGAGCCUCGCACACGCAUAUACUGGGCGCCUCGCACACGCGUGAGGGAUCACUGAUGCCUAGUGGGCUGACACCUCCAGUCAGGCUGGAACCAGCACAACCACUGUCUCCGGUGCAAUCACCACCGGCACCUGUGCAAUCACAGCCGGUGCUAUGUAGAUCACAGCGACUGAUUCCACCACUUGAUAGACUUAACCUGUAA